GGGUCCUGGCCUUGUCAGGAUGGGGCUCAAAGAGGGCGCUUCAGAUGUUCACUGGCCUCCACAGGGAUACCACAACCCCCUUCCAUCUUUCCUCACAGACAUCACCCAGGAGAUUUGAGCAAUUACUCUGUUCCCAAAUGGGAGAGGUGCUAAUAUCCAAAUGGGGAAAGGAAGAAAAGCAGAGAAAACAGAAAAACUGUAGCAAGUAGGUAGGGAAAAGUUGGUAAGGAAAAGGGCCAGGGAAAAUGCUGAUGCAGCAAGGCAAGAAGAAUGAGACUAAAAGGAAAGGGCCAGGGAGAGGACAAGGGCUCUCAAAUCCAGCAGAGGCUCUCUGCGGGGCGCCGCGGGUCCUCACCUUGCUGCUUUCUGUGAACAUCAAGGAUGGAAUCCACCUGAGUUUGAUUUGGUCUUCAGGGGAAGAAGUACCUGCCCCUCUGAAGCCAGGAAGACACUGAAGAGAAAAUGAGAGGAAAAGCAGAGACCUGAGAGGCAACUGAAAGUGGGGAGGUUCAGAAGCUGAUUCCAAAGUCGUGAAAUGGAGAGUGAAUAUAAGGAAAUCCUGUUAUUAAAGGGCCUGGAUAACAUCACUGAUGAGGAACUCCAUAGGUUUAAGUACUUUCUUACAGAUGAGCUGCCGAUCUCCACAGGCAAGUUAGAGAAUGCAAAUAGGACUGAGGUGGCUAAUUUGAUGAUUCAAAAUGCUGGUGCAGUCUCGGCUGUGAUCAAGACCAUUCAUAUUUUCCAGAAGUUGAAUUACAGGCAUGAGGCAAAAAAUCUUCAGGAGGAGAAGGAAAAAGUUGAUAAGAAAUAUAAAACAAAAAAAGAAACAAAGCUAGUGGAAAAGAAGAGACAGCCUGAAAUGAGUCCUGGUCCCUCUACAGCCACCAGAAAUGAUGUCGUGGAACAACGUGUUGUACCGGAAGUCUCUCCUCAUAUUAAGAAACAGACGGUGGUCCAACAGGAAACUACCAGAGAAGAAGGGUUGCAGAAAGACCGUUUAACAGUCACAGUUCUAAAAGCAAUGAAGCCAUUCGAAUUUGAGACCCAAGAAGGGAAACAAGAGAUGUUUCAUGCUACAGUAGCUACUGAGAGUGAAUUCUUUUUUGUAAAAGUUUUCAAUACAAGGCUAAAAGAUAAAUUCAUCCCAAAGAGAAUAAUUAUAAUAUCAAAAUAUUAUUGGCACGUUGGCUUCCUGGAGGUGAAUAAUGCUUCGCUUGUAUUUGAUGCUAAAUCUGACCAAAAGAUGAUUAUCCCUACUCACAUUACCAGAAAAGCUGGUGAGACCCCAAAGAUAAACAAGCUUCAAACUCAGCCCCUUGGAACAAUUGUGAAUGGGGUCUAUGUGGUCCAAAAGAAAACAGAAGGGAAGAAUCGUAUAUUAUUUGAGAUGACUGACAACACUGACAGGAUGGAAGUAUUGGUGCGUGGACGAUGCGUCAAUGUCAAAUGUGAGGAAGGAGAUAAACUUAGACUUACUUUCUUCGAGCUGUCAAAGAGUGGAGAAAAGCUGCAACUGAAAUCCGGAGUUCACAGUUUCAUUAAGGUUAUUAAGGCCAAAAAGUGAAAUGAGAAAGACUGAUCAGAUCAAAUGGUCUACACAGCAUUUAAUUGAAGAAUACCUGAUACAACCACUUCAGCCAGAUUGUUAGCCACCUGAAGGCAGCAGUUCACAGGCUCCCCACAAAAUUAGUCAGAAUAAGAUAUCUCUUGAGAAAAAUUCCAAAAUCUUGAACACUUAUCACAAUAAAAGUCUGUUUCUCAUUCA